UUUGCAGUGAGUUCAAGUUUCCAUGGUUGGCAUCGCUAGUGUAUAUAAAAGCGGCCGUGCGGCGUUACUUCCUCCAUUUUCUUCGUCAACGGCAUCAUGUCGCACAGAAAAUUCAGCGCCCCUCGACACGGGUCGAUGGGGUUCUACCCGAAAAAGAGGUCCCAGAGGCAUCGCGGAAAAGUAAAGGCUUUCCCGAAGGAUGAUCCUAGCAAGCCCGUGCACUUGACGGCUUUCAUCGGCUACAAGGCCGGUAUGACUCACGUCGUGAGGGAAGCCGAUCGUCCUGGGUCGAAGGUAAACAAGAAGGAGAUCGUGGAGGCCGUCACCAUCCUCGAGACGCCGCCGAUGAUCGUUGUCGGUCUCGUCGGCUACAUCGAGACGCCGCAUGGUCUCCGGGCGCUCGCCACCGUCUGGGCGGAGCAUCUGUCGGAGGAUUGCCGCAGGCGUUUCUACAAGAACUGGUAUAAGAGCAAGAAGAAGGCGUUCACGAAAGCGUCGAAGAAGUGGCAGGACGACCUCGGCCGCAAGUCCAUCGAGGCGGAUCUCAAGAAGAUCGUCAAGUACUGCAGCGUCGUUCGCAUAAUCGCGCACACUCAGAUGAAACUGCUGAGGCAGCGUCAGAAGAAAGCUCACAUUAUGGAGAUCCAGUUGAACGGCGGCACCAUCAGUGAUAAGGUGCAAUGGGCGCGCGAGCAUCUGGAGAAACCUGUGCCCAUCAGUAACGUGUUCGCUGCCGACGAGAUGAUCGACGUGAUCGGCGUUACCAAGGGAAAGGGCUACAAGGGCGUUACGUCCAGGUGGCACACGAAGAAAUUGCCGCGCAAAACUCACAAGGGUCUGAGGAAGGUCGCCUGUAUCGGCGCGUGGCAUCCCAGCCGCGUGUCCUUCACCGUGGCGCGCGCCGGUCAGAAGGGAUACCACCAUCGCACCGAGAUGAACAAGAAGAUCUACAGGAUCGGACAGGGCAUCCAUACCAAGGACGGCAGGAUCGUCAAGAACAAUGCUUCGACGGAGUACGAUCUUACCGACAAGAGCAUCACGCCGAUGGGUGGCUUCCCGCAUUACGGUGAAGUGAACAACGACUUCAUCAUGAUCAAGGGAUGCUGCAUGGGCCCGAAGAAGCGCGUCAUCACGCUCAGGAAGUCCUUGUUGGUGCACACCAAGAGAUCGGCGCUGGAGAAGAUCAACCUCAAGUUCAUCGACACCAGCUCCAAAUUCGGACACGGUCGCUUCCAAACCGCGGUCGACAAGGCCUCCUUCAUGGGACAGCUCAAGAAGGACCGUCUUCGCGAGGAAGAAGCACGUACCGUUGGUGUGGCGGCCGCCACGCCAGCACAGUAAAACCAAUCUUCUACUGUGUACCAUUUUUUUGAGAGAAAAAAAAUAAAUUUAAAAAUCAGA